AUGGAUACAGAACAUUGGACAAAAAUUAUAAUCAGAGGCAUUAUGUGUCUGGCUGGAAUCAUUGGUAACAACUGGCUGUGCAUUAGCUCCCUGCCAAAAUCUGUUUCUCAGCUCCGAACCAACGAUGUCCUGUUUGUAAACUUGGCCGUGUCCAAUCUGAUCACUAAUUACUUUGUGGACAUCCUCCACAUUUUCCACACUGAACAGUCUUUAUCUAUGGGAAAGGUGUAUUGCGGUUUUCGUUUUUUCCUGCCCGAAUUCUCAGAGAACAGCAGCAUCUUGAGCACCAUGUUCAUCACUAUGUACUGGCAUCAGAAGCUCGUGGGCUCCCUGAAGCGCGGAGGAGGUCCUGUGCGAAUGGACAACCUCCGUCUCAUCACCGUGCUACUGACAGGUAGCUGGAUCUUUGCACUCGUCAUCAACGUUCCUCAUUUUUUCUUCGUCGCUGAAGACAAUGAGAACACGACGACUGCGGAUUGCAAGGAAGAGUUGCCUUCGCAGGCAGCCGACGAAGCCUACAAGGCGGUGUAUGUCAUACUCGCCAAUGUGUUACCACUUACCGGGAUUCUUUAUGCAAGCAUCCAGAUCGCGAUUACACUGCUGCGGAAUGAAAAGCGAUUCAAGAAAAUGGGUCCAGACGUGAGAAAUGAAGGGAACACCUCAGUCAAGAAAAGUGGAGACAACAGUAAUAAUGUAUCAACAGUUACCAAGUCCAAGUCACAAGCCAAAUCAGGAAGCCUGGUAAGGGCCGCCAAGAGUGUGUUGGCAGUGGCCAUUUUUUUCUUAGCUUGCUGGGUAUUUCAUUUCAUCGUCAGCAUCAUUGGGGUCGUCUCACCAGCCAGUGUGUUAGAGGACUUGGAGAGCUUCGUAGGAGCAUCCUAUACAUGCAUCAUCCCUUAUAUUUACCUGGACGGUAUGCAAAAGCUGACCUGCUCCAGAGGACGUGUCACGGGAGUAAUUCAGUAA